AUCCCGGAACCAAGGUUGGCACGGCUCGUUUCCGGGCGGACGAAUUCUGAAUGCACCAAACUGGUGUAGCGGAAUAUUUUUCCCCUGUCAGGGUCACGCUGUGUCUUGGUGUGUGUGUGUGCAGGCAGACACCAGGGAUGAUGUAUCGGAGACUCGUGCUGUCAGUGUGGGAACAAGGGGGCAGAAGAAGCGUGAGAGGCUCGUGCGGCAGCAGGCAUUCAGAUCACGUGCAAAGGUGGUUUGGCUCAUGCAGUGUUCUCCGCUGUGAAAAUCCAAAGAAUCCUCCUGAGACUUCCAGUGCUCCUGAGCAACAGAAUGGGACACCAGAGAAACAGCCUCAGCCCAGCAAGAAGGAGAACUUGCUAAAUGUCAUUGGAGACAUGAAGGUUGAGCUGAGCUCAAGAAGAAAGUUUCAGGCCAUGAAAACAAACAGGAACAAAGAACCCCGCACAGAGAAUAUGGAAAGCAUGGAGAGUGCUAGCAGCAUGUUCCAGAGAGUUGCAGAAGAGAGUCACACAGAAAACACAAAGCCACUGAACCCAGAUUUGGUGGCAGCAGUCUCGGCUGUCGCUGAGUCCCUUCCGUCAAAUAAAAAGCAGAUAGAAUCCGAGCUCCUGCAGCAACUGAGGAAGCAUGAACAAGAAACCGAUGCACAAAAGAGAUGCGACAGUCUCGGCAACAUCAUCUCCGACAUGAAGGUCAAGAAGCACCCAGAACUCCGAAUAUCAUCUUGGCACUCCAACCAGAUUCGGUUUGAUGAGGAUGGUCGAGGGUACACUCACGACAGGGGUGUAACACAAGAGUUAGCUGGUGUCAGAAGCAGGAGAGGACUGUAUUCUGGAAGACGGUUGAACAUAUUUCCUGUUUUUGCCGACCCUGAACAGCCAACUGGAACAGAACAAUAUCCUAGUCUGUGGGACGUGGAACUAGCUAAUACAAUAGCCUCCACUAGUGAGCAGCCGCCAAAAAAUGGGUUUGAAGAAAUGAUUCAGUGGACAAAGCAAGGUAAACUCUGGACAUUCCCAAUUGACAAUGAAGCUGGGCUUGAUGAGGAGCAGAAGGUAGAGUUUCACGAACACAUAUUCCUUGACAAGUACUUGGAAGACUUCCCAAAACAAGGACCCAUUAGACACUUUAUGGAGCUUGUUGUCUGUGGCCUUUCCAAGAACCCUUACCUAAGUGUCAAACAGAAGCGGGAACACAUUGAGUGGUACCAGGAUUAUUUUCAGCAAAAAGAAGACAUUCUAAAAGAGUGCGAAGUGUACCUCAACUGAAGAACAUUCGGAACGUUACAGUACCCCAAGACACUGGCUCAUUAAGGAUAUCAUUUCUAGCUGUGGCGUGGACUUCAGAAAUCUAACAGAAGGUACCAAUGUUCUUCAGCAAAGUUUAAUGUUUGACUAUUCACCUCUUAAUAAAACAAGUCUCUCUUGGCUAUUAAUAAAAUAUUCACAGCUUUCUUAUAA